AUGUGCCUGAUUGGGCACGAUGUCAAGGUCAAUGUCAUUGCGCCGCACUUGGUUGAGGAGCCCUGCAUCCAAGGCCACAACGGCAGCGGCUCCGUCUUCUCCUCCGGCUGCAAUUUGAGGUGUACAUUUUGCCAAAACCACGACAUCGAGCGCCAGCGCAAGGGCCUCGACCUCUCGCCCGAGGAGCUGGCUGGCGCAAUGGUACCUUAUGGAAGCUGCAGGACGUGGGCGACGUGCACAAACAUCGAUCUCGUGACGCCCGAGCUCGUUCGUCCCGCGGGCAGGUCGCGCUCUCGACCCUAG